AGUUUCGGAGAAAACACACAAAACAAAACGCCGCGUAUUGGGUACGCACGCUACGCAGAAGAAUCAAGAAGGUGUCGGUCCUUUGCGUGUCGACGAAAAUACCGACAGGUGGCUGCCCGUGGCACACUAAAUCCAAUGCCCAACAGCUUUCCGUAUAUCCAAUUAUAUUUAUAUAUCGAUCAAUUUGCACAUCGACUCGAAUCGAAGCUAACACUCUCUCUCUCACUUUCUCUCUCAAGAAACACCUUACGUUGCUGAAGAAGGCGGCUGUCAGACCAGAGCUUCCUUUAGGAAUCUCAGGUUCGGAGGAAAGUGUUUUGCGUUUUGAGUUUUGGCAAAUAGUCUGGAGAUGGAAGACAAAACUGAAUAUAAAGGGGAAGAAAUUGAAAGGGUUCAAAAGGAAGAACGGUUUAUGGUGAUGAAGACCAAGGAUGUAGAACCAGGCAACCUGAAGGAAGAGAAGACUGAAGCGGAACUUGAAUUAAAGACCAAGUCAGUGGUAAAAGAAAAGUCGAAACAUGAAAAGGAUGAGGAUAAACAUAAGGAUGCAGAUGAGGAGAAAUCGAAGAAGAAGGAUAAAGACAUAACGAAGAAGGAAAAGAAGAACGAGAAGGACACUGAAGCGGGAGAGAGUGAAGAAGAUAAAAAGAAGGACAAGGAAGAGAAGAAGAAAAAGAACAAGGGGAAGAACGAAAAUAAAGAUGAUAUAGAAGGGGGAGAAAAAGAGAAAAAGAAGAAAGAUAAAAAGGACAAGGGUAAAGAUUUAGAGGAAGGGGAAAAGGUGGAUGAUGAAAAAGAAGGGAAGAAGAAGGAGAAGAAAGACAAGGAUGAGGAAAACGACGGUGAGGAUAAGAAAGAAGGAAAGAAGAAGAAAGACGAGGAUGAGAAAAAGAAGAAACACAAGGGCGAUGAUGAAAAAGAGAAGAAGAGCGACGAGGUAAAAGGUGACUACGAUAAAAAAGAAGGGGAGAAGAAGAAACACAAGGAUGAUAAAAAGAAGAAACACAAGGGUGGUGAUGAUGAAAAAGAGAAGAAGAGCGAUGAGGUAAAAGGUGACGACAAUAAAAAAGGAGAGAAGGGACGAUAAAAUGAAGAAACACAAGGACGGUGAUGAUGAAAAAGAGAAGAAGAGCGAUGAGCAAAACGAUAACAAAAAAGAAGGGAAGAAGAAGAAAGACAAGGAGGACAAAAAGAAGAAACACAAAAAUGAAGAGGAUGAGGAGGAAGUCAAGGCUGAAGUUACUUCCAGGGAGAUCGACAUUGAAGAAAAUGUAAAGGAAUCUAAGGGGGAAGUAGAGGAGGAGACGCAUAAAGAUGGAGGAAAGGACGAUAAAAAGAAGAAACACAAGGGUGGUGAUGAUGAAAAAGAGAAGAAGAGUGAUGAGGUAAAGGGUGACGAUGAUAAAAAGGAAGGGGAGAAGAAGAAAGACAAGGGCGAUAAAAAGAAUGAUAAAAAGGAAGGCGAGAAGAAGAAAGACAAGGACGAUAAAAAGAAGAAACACAAGGGUGGUGACGGCAAAAAAGAGAAGAGUGAUGAGGUAAAAGGUGACGGCAAUAAAAAAGAAGGGGAGAAGAAGAAAGACAAGGACGAUAAAAAGAAGAAACACAAGGACGGUGAUGAUGAAAAGAGAAGAAGAGCGAUGAGCAAAAAGAUGACAAAAAAGAAGGGAAGAAGAGAAAGACAAGGAGGACAAAAAGAAGAAACACAAAAAUGAAGAGGAUGAGGAGGAGGUCAAGGCUGAAGUUACUUCCAGGGAGAUUGACACUGAAGAAAAUGUAAAGGAAUCAAAGGGUGAAGUAGAGGAGGAGACGCAGAAAGAUGAAGGAAAGGAGGGUAAAGAGAAGAAAGAUAAAGAGAAAAAGGUGAAGGGGGAGAAGGGGGAGAAGGGCGAGAAGAAAAGGAAAGUCGAUAAAAAGGACAAAGGCAGUGAUGUUGGAACGCUGAAACAGAAGCUAGAGAAGAUCAAUGUCAAAAUAGAAGGCCUACUUGAGAAAAAGUCAGACAUCAUGAGGCAGAUAACAGAAGCCGAAAGUGCAAGCCUCACUGUUGCUGAGAAGCCCACAGAAGCAGCAGCAUAGCAAUCUUUGGUAGCGCAUUUCACCUCUCCAUACUAUGGUCCAUACUUUGUGUUUAAUACUACAUGAAUAAAGGUGUUCCUGGUAACGAAUAAACGUAAUAUGUUAGUGUGGUUUUCUUGUGUUGUGCAAUUUAGAAGUGAUCCAUGUGUAAACUGAUGUUUUGUGUAAACCUCUCACAUUUCGGUGGGUGUUGGGGCAGCGGAAUAUGCACUCCAGAGGAAACCCAGUAAGCUGGAGUGGGUUGGUAUGUGUAUCAACUUACAGGACUAUGAUGGGAGGUUUCGGUAGGAUGUAAAUUACUUUGAAAUUUUGUUUUGCACGUAAACAAAGAGGCUGUGUAACUUUUUAUAUGAACUACAAAUUACAGUAGUAUGUACGUGAUAUUUUCUCUGUA